AUGGCAAGAUCGCCCCGUCGACGGCAUGGUAGGUGCGGGGGCUGGGGGCGCGGCCGGGUGGAGGAAAGGGAGCGUAGGGCGCUCCUGGGCGUCAGGGUCGUAGGCGAUCUCAUCCACGCCGUGGGGCCGAGCCCUCCGGUGCGGCUACGACCCUUCCCCGGGUUUGGGAAGCCGCCCCGAACCCCAGACGGCGCCUGCGCGCUCCGGCUCAUCCCCAGAACCCCUUUUUGCCUCAAUUGCUCCACCCCUCCUGAGGACCUGACCCCAGCGAGUGCAAGGAGCUCUGUCCUCUGCAAUGGCAAUAGGACUUGGGAAUUCUUUGAACUCGAGGACCUGACCCUGCCUGAUGAGGUGCUAAGAGUCAAGUACCUGGGACCCCAGCAGACAAAGCUGUUCGUGCCCAUCUGUGCCAUGUACCUGCUGAUCUUCAUGGUGGGCACCGUGGGCAAUGGGCUGACCUGCGUGGUCAUCCUAUGCCACAAGACCAUGUGCACACCCACCAACUACUACCUGCUCAGCCUCGCCGUGUCUGACCUGCUGGUGCUGCUCAUCGGCCUGCCCUUGGAGCUCUAUGAGAUGUGGCGCAACUAUCCCUUCCUGCUGGGCACCGGUGGCUGCUACUUCCGCACACUGCUCUUCGAGACAGUCUGCCUAGCCUCUGUGCUCAACGUCACUGCCCUGAGCGUGGAGCGCUAUGUGGCCGUGGUGCACCCACUACGGGCCAGGUCCUUGGUGACACGGACUCACGUGCGCCGCGUGCUGGCGGCUGUCUGGGCCCUGGCCGUGCUCUGCUCUCUGCCCAACACCAGCCUGCAUGGCAUCCAAUGGCUGGUUGUGCCCUGCCGAGGCCUGGUGCCCGACUCCGCCAUCUGCACUGUGGUCCACUCACGGACCAUCUACAACCUGGUGGUGCAGACCACCGCACUGAUCUUCUUCUGCUUGCCCAUGGUCACCAUCAGCGUGUUCUACCUGCUCAUCGGGCUGCAGCUGAGGCGCGAGAGGUUGCUGCUCAUUCAGGAAAUCCAGAACAGGGGUGCCACCAGGUCCCGAGAUAUCUGUGGGCUCCAGCGGCAGCAGCUGCAGGAAAAGGGCCGGCGGCAGGUGACCAAGAUGCUGUUUGUGCUGGUCGUGGUGUUUGGGAUCUGCUGGGCUCCAUUCCACGCUGAACGUCUCAUGUGGAGCUUCGUGUCCUACUGGACAGAUGACCUGCAUCUGACCUACCAGUACUUGCACGUUGUUUCCGGCGUUUUCUUCUACCUCAGCUCGGCCGUCAACCCAGUGCUUUACAGCCUCAUGUCUAGCCGUUUCCGAGAGACCUUCCAGGAAGUCCUGUGCUUUGGAGUCCGGAACCGCCGCUCCAGACACCGCCACAGCUCCUAUAGCCUCCACAAGGUGACCACUGGCAGCACCCUGUAUGACUUGGGCUCCCCGAACAGCAGGGCUCUCCCUCUGAUUGAGGGAGACUGA